UCUACAUUAAUAAGAACACUAAGUGGACGCAGGUUAUUACCAUUACUUGGGGCCAAACCACUCUAAAACUUUGGUGUCGUUUAUCUUUAAUGUUUUGAAUUAUUUUGUUUUUAUCGUUUUACUUGACUCCGUGUUGUUGACCAUAUAAAGGGUCAACAAAAUCCAUAAAUUUAAAAAUUCUUAAAAAAAAAACCAUAAAAUAAAAUUUUGAAAAAAAGCCAUAAAAUAUGUAAUCUAUUAUCAUAUUUUCUCUAAAAAAAAACUCUAUUAUCAUAAUGACAACACGACAUGUCGUCUUGUUAUAUUAUGUAUUUUACCAGGAGAAGCAAAGAAAUGAACUGGUCAUCUCUGCGGUCUGCUCUUGCUUACUAUACCCAUUCACAAAACAAAAAGGAGAAAUGCAGCGAAUCCGAUCAUGCAAAGCUUUGAUACCCACGAAUCGCUCUCAAAUCUUCCUACAACAGAACCCAUCAUUCUCCCUAUAUUCCUCACAACCCCAACCAGGUCGAAACCAAAACCAACCCCAUAAACACCACUUCGUUUCUCCUUCUAGAGUUCAAAAGCUCAUUGCUGCACAAUCCGACCCUUUACUCGCCAAAGAGAUAUUCGAUUACGCCUCUCGUCAACCUGAUUUCCGCCAUUCUUAUUCUUCAUUUCUUAUUCUCAUUCUCAAGCUAGGCCGAUCCAGGUUCUUCUCUCUUAUCGACCAUCUUCUCCUUCGUCUCAAGGCUGAGCGAUACCCAGUUACGCACACGCUGUUUUCCUAUCUUAUCAAGGUCUAUGGAGAGGCGAAUUUUCCCCAAAAGGCUCUCCGAACCUUUCAUACUAUGUUGGAAUUUGACUGUAAGCCUUUGCCCAAACACUUGAACCGGAUACUCGAGAUACUGGUUUCUUACCGGAGUCAUCUCCGGCCGGCUUUCGAGCUUUUUAGGAGUGCCCAUGAGCAUGGUGUAUUGCCUAAUACCGAAUCUUACAAUAUUUUGAUGAAGGCGUUCUGUUUUAAUGGUGAUCUUAGUAUUGCAUAUGACCUGUUCAACAAAAUGUUUAAGAGAGACCUUGUUCCUAACGAAGAGUCGUAUAGGAUUUUGAUGCAGGGAUUGUGUAGGAAAGGGCAGGUGAAUACGGCAGUGGACUUUUUGGAGGAUAUGGUUAACAAAGGGUACACUCCUGACACCUUGAGCUAUACCACAUUGUUGAAUAGCUUGUGUAGGAAGAAGCAGCUAAGAGAGGCGUAUAAGCUUCUGUGUAGGAUGAAGGUUAAAGGGUGUAAUCCUGAUAUUGUUCAUUAUAAUACUGUCAUUGUGGGAUUUUGUAGAGAAGAUCGUGCCAUUCAUGCUUGUAAGGUUCUUGAGGAUAUGGCCUCAAGUGGGUGUUUACCCAAUGUUGUGUCUUACCGGACAUUGGUUAGUGGAUUAUGUAACCAAGGAAGUCUUGAUGAGUCGAAAAGAUAUCUUGAGGAGAUGGUGUCGAAGGGGUUUUCUCCACAUUUCUCAGUUAUUCAUGCUUUGGUUAGAAGUUUCUGUAAAAUUGGUAGGGUUGAGGAUGCUUGUGCGGUUCUUGGGGAUGUUCUAAAACAUGGGGAAGUUCCUCAUGUAGACACUUGGACAGUAAUAGUUCCUAGGAUAUAUGAAGAUAACACAGCGAUUGGAAUUAUCGACGAAAUUCUGAAAGAGGGUGUAUACUGUAAAAGUGAAGCAAGAAAUAACACUAGAGGCACGUACUUGUCUGGAGAACUCUCUAAUAAAAAAAUCACAAGAAUACGUCUAAGGCAUGUUUAAAAACCACCAAGGCUUGUAGGAAUGGAAGCUUCGGCAAAGUUGUUCAAGAUAAUAGUGGGUUUUAUGUCAUUCUAGAGGAUUCUUCAUGGAGGAAAAUGCGAGGAAGGUUGAUGCUAUUACAAAUGAUUAGCACCUGGUAGUCUCACAACAUUAAUGGUGGUCUACGAUGUUUUCUCUAUACUUUGCUCAGUUUUUUGCCAAGGACAAUAUCUGCUCAGUGGAUGCUGUUCUUAGUGUGGAAAGUAUCUUGUUUAGCAAUGAAUACCAUGAGCCAUUGCAACAGAAAAUCAGCUAGCCCAAUCUUGAUGCCGAGUUGCUCCUAGGUGGGGCUGGCAUAUGGAAAAUCAGAACAGAGAUUGAAAAAAUCUUAAACAACAUGGUUGUUGGUAGGGAGUAUGUCCUGAAACUGAAGUGUGGCAUUGAAGAACAAUGUGCAGGCGUAAGUGAACUCUGUAUUGCUGCAUGUUAUGAUGAGUUUCUCAAAGUAGGUAAUGGGAAGUCUAUACGCUUUUGAGAAGAUAUUUGGAGCGGGAAUGAGCCUUUGUCACUUGAAUUUUCUAAUUUGUUCUAAAAAGAACAAGUGUAUUUCAGAGUUUUAUGGAAAUGAUGGAGAAAAUUCAGGCUGGAAUUUACACUUUUUUAGGAACUUAAAUGAUAGAGAAGUUUCAAUCUUUAUUAGACUUGUGGAGAGACUGGAAAGAAUAAGAUUAAUUAUUUGGAGGAUAGCAGAAUUGGUUAGGGGAUAAUUCUGAGAACUUUUCUUGUGAAUCUGCUUUUGAUGUUCUUAGAGAUGGUGCAAAAUUUGAUAAUUGUUUGUGGACCCAUUCUCUUUGAAAACUACCGGUACCUCCUAAAGUAGAAGUUUUUAUGUGGCAAUUAUUUUCGGAGAGAGUGAAUGUGAAUAAAAUUUUAGAAAGAAGGCCUUACAUGGCAUUAUCCCAAAUUGGUGUGUUUGGUUGGUGUAAGAAGAAUUCUGAAAAUGCGAACACUUGUUCAUCCAUUGCUUGGUCUCAAUUCAAGUUUGGUAGAAGCUUUCGAAAGAAUUUAAGAUGUAUUGGUGCGUCCCAGUUAUUUAGUUGCGUUUAUGCUUCAGAUGAAUGGUUCGAAGGCGAAAAAGAUUCUCUGGCUGAUAAUUAUAACUGUUAUCUGAUGAAAUUUGGGAUAAAAUUAUAAUGAGUGUUUGGUUUCAUUUUAUGACACUUUUACUAAAGUUUACUAGGAAUCGGAGAAUUAUUAUUUUAUUAAGUUCUUUACUAAAAUUGACUUAAAAAGAAAAUGAUAAUCAUUUUAUCUUA